AAAGACCCUCGAAGGGCCUGCAAUCGACGCUACCACACCGUGAGACUGCGCAAAGCAAAGACUCUCUCUCUCUCUCUCUCUCAAAAAAAAACCCACUCUCUCUAAGAUGUAGUUGUAAUACUAUAAUGCAGCUGUGUUUACAAAAACUUCUUGGUUGCCUUGAGAAAUACCGGCCAUUCCGGACAGUGGAGCAUUGGAGAGCCCCCAUGGUUGGUGCCUAUAAAUCGAAGCCCUGCCGCCACACAUCACUUACACCUCCUUAUCUAGUUCCCCGUUACAGUAUUUCACUACCUAGCCUAGAAUCGUGCAAGUAUUAGCCAUGGCACAAGACAGGCUAGUGAUGGGCGUCGAUCUGGGCACGACCAACUCAUGUGUUGGAGUCUGGCUGAAUGGUCGCGUGGAGAUCGUCCCCAGCGACCAGGGCACCCGCACAACGCCGUCCUGUGUCGCCUUCACCGACCGCGAGAGGCUCAUCGGCGAGGGGGCCAACCAUCAGGUCGCAACUAACGCAUCCAACACCGUCUUCGAUGUGAAGCGGCUCAUCGGCCGGAGUUUCUCGAAGACCGAUGCCAAGUAUUGGCCAUUUCAGGUGACAGAGGACAGCAACGACAAUCCCAGGAUCAAGGUGAGUUACCUUGGGAAGGAGAAGGAGUUCUCGCCGGAGGAGAUCUCCGCCAUGGUGCUCGUGAAGAUGAAGGAGACAGCUGAGGCCUACUUCAACCGCUCCCGCCAGCGCCAGGCCGUGGUGCCCUUGAUCACCACCGCUGUCAUCACGGUCCCAGCCUACUUCAACGGCUCCCAGCGCCAGGCCACCAUGGACGCGGGCUUCAUCGCCGGCUUCAAUUUCAUGCGCAUCAUCAACGAGCCUACCGCUGCGGCCAUCGCUUUCAGCGUCAACAGGGAUUGUAGCAAGAGCACUGUGCUCGUGUAUGACCUGGGCGGUGGGACGCUGGAUGUAUCCCUCCUCGUUAUCAAGAAAGGUGUCUUGCAGGUCAUGGCUACCUCCGGGGACAGUCACCUAGGUGGCGAGGAUUUCACCAACAAUAUGGUUGACCGUUUCGUCAACGAAUUCAAGAGCAAGAACCCUCAUAUCAGAAGCGAUAUCAGCUGCGACAAGAAGGCACUGGGGCGUCUACGGAGAUCGUGCGAAGACGCCAAGAGGAGGCUCUCCACCGUCCCUCUUAUCCCGGUGGAGGUCGACGCCCUUUUUCAGGGUAUCGACUUCCAGUCCACCAUCACCCGGGACCAGUUCCAGGAGCUCAACGUGGACCUGUUCAGCAGAUGCAUGGAGCCCGUUAGGAGGUGCUUGGCGGACGCCAAGAUGGACAAGAACAAAGUGGACGAUGUUGUCCUCGUCGGGGGCUCCACACGGAUCCCUCACGUGCUCAAGCUCGUCAAGGACUUCUUCGGUGGAAAGGAGCUUUCCAGGAACAUCAACGCUGACGAGGCCGUCGCAUAUGGAGCCACCGUCCAGGCCGCCGUGCUCACAUUCCCGGGCCUAAACCUCCCCAAGGUCUUGGACAUCACGCCCUUCUCACAUGGCAUUGGCAUGCCCCAAGGAGUCAUGUGCGUGCUGUUCCCCAGGAACACCACCAUCCCCACACGAUGGUCCAAUGAGAUGGAAUUCACCACAAGGAAGGGCAACCCGUCCAGCUUGGACAUCAAGCUGUACGAGGGCGAGAGGGCAUCGCUUUCGGUCCUAAGCUGGUCCAAUGCAAUCAAGGUUUUAUUCCGCAUGGACGUAAACGGGAUGCUGCGUGUCCGGGCAACUGACCAUGAGUCUGGUCAGGAGGGCAAGGUAACCAUCAGGAAUAACGUGAGGCGUCUUAGAACUGAGGAGAUUGAGAGAAUGGUGAAGGAUGCCAACAAUUACAAGGCCCAGGAUGAGGAUUACAGGAAGAAUGUACAAGCACGGAACGACAUUGAGAAUUUGUUGUACACUAUGGCGAACACUAUCAUGAAACUCCAGGACUUGGUUGCAAGAUUGCUCCUUCACGAGGCAACUCCGGAAGAAGAAACACAAACUCCAGCAUAUCAGGACUCAGCUGCAAGAUUGCUCCCGGAGGCAACUCCAGAAGAAGAAACACAAACUCCAGCACACCAGGACUCAGCUGCAAGAUUGCUCCUGGAGGCAACUCCAGAAGAAGAAACACAAACUCCAGCACAUCAGGACUCAGCUGCAAGAUUGCUCCCGGAGGCAAUUCCAGAAGAAGAAACACAAACUCCAGGACACCAGGACUCAGCUGCAAGAUUGCUCCUGGAGGCAACUCCAGAAGAAGAAACACAAACUCCAGCACACCAGGACUCAGCUGCAAGAUUGCUCCCGGAGGCAACUCCAGAAGAAGAAACACAAACUCCAGCACAUCAGGACUCAGCUGCAAGAUUGCUCCCGGAGGCAACUCCAGAAGAAGAAAUACAAACUCCAGCACACCAGGACUCAGCUGCUAGAUUGCUCCCGGAGGCAACUCCAGAAGAAGAAACACAAACUCCAGCACAACAGAACUCAGCUGCAAGAUUGCUCCGGGAGGCAACUCCAGAAGAAGAAAAACAAACUACAGAGCAACAGGACUCAGCUGCAAGAUUGCUCCCGGAGGCAACUCCAGAAGAAGAAACACAAACUACAGGAGACCAUGCGGAUUGCACACCAGGACUCAUGCAAUAUAUCUUCCGCUGGGGAGCCCAGAAUAAAGGGAAGAAAAAGAUACAAGCACAGAAAGACAGCAUUAAGAAACUUCAGGACAGUAUAACGAAACUCCAGGAGACAGCUGAUGCGACCAUAAAAUGGCUUCAAAACCAGGAGCUUACCACCAAUGACAUGAUUGCCAGGAAAAAUCUGAUCCAGAGCAUCAACAAACAGAUUGAGAGGGCCUCUCACUAAAUCUUUCACGAAAAAGGGAAUGUUCAA